CCCUGGCCAGCGCGCAGCCUUCCCGGCGCCGGCAAGCAGGGUCUUGGGAAUUCUCACUUGCUUCGGCUCACUCUCCUUCACAAAACCCACUGGAUCUUACAUGCUUCUGUAACCCCACUUCCACUCCAUGGUCCCAUGAUCCUGUGCCAGCAACAGGACAAAUUCUCUGGAUGUCAGCUGAGUUACUAAGGUAACUCUAUUGGUCAAAAGGCAAACCUUGGUAGAAUCCCAAGGUCCUUGGAAGCAUCCAUCGCUCCUCAUCUUCUUUCCUUUCUUUUUUCUUUUCUUUUUCUUUUUUUUUUUUUUUUAAUUUUUGGCGUGUGUGUCUCCACCGAACAUUCAAAACUGUUUCUUCAAAGGGUUUUGCAAAAACUCAGACUGUUUUCUAAAGCAGAAACACUGGCGUCCACGGCGGAAGCAAUGGGCAGUGUGCGAACCAACCGCUACAGCAUCGUCUCUUCGGAAGAGGAUGGCAUGAAGCUGGCCACCAUGGCAGUGGCCAACGGUUUCGGGAAUGGCAAGAGUAAAGUCCACACGCGACAACAGUGCAGGAGCCGCUUUGUGAAGAAAGACGGGCACUGCAAUGUUCAGUUCAUCAAUGUUGGUGAGAAGGGACAGAGGUACCUGGCAGACAUAUUUACCACGUGUGUUGACAUUCGUUGGCGAUGGAUGCUGGUUAUCUUCUGCCUAGCCUUUGUGCUCUCCUGGCUGUUCUUUGGCUGCGUGUUUUGGUUGAUAGCCCUGCUCCAUGGGGAUCUGGAUGCUUCUAAAGAGAGCAAAGCUUGUGUGUCUGAGGUCAACAGCUUCACAGCUGCCUUCCUCUUCUCCAUUGAGACCCAGACAACCAUCGGCUAUGGUUUCCGGUGUGUGACGGAUGAGUGCCCAAUUGCUGUUUUCAUGGUGGUAUUCCAGUCAAUCGUGGGCUGCAUCAUCGACGCCUUCAUCAUCGGUGCAGUCAUGGCAAAGAUGGCAAAGCCAAAGAAGAGAAAUGAGACUCUUGUUUUCAGUCACAAUGCUGUGAUUGCCAUGAGGGACGGCAAGCUAUGCUUAAUGUGGAGGGUGGGCAAUCUUCGCAAAAGCCACCUUGUGGAAGCUCACGUGCGGGCACAGCUCCUCAAAUCCAGAAUCACUUCAGAAGGGGAGUAUAUCCCCUUGGACCAGAUAGAUAUCAAUGUUGGUUUUGAUAGCGGAAUUGACCGCAUAUUUCUAGUGUCCCCUAUCACUAUUGUCCAUGAAAUAGAUGAAGACAGCCCUUUAUACGACUUGAGUAAGCAGGAUAUUGACAAUGCAGACUUUGAAAUUGUUGUCAUACUGGAAGGCAUGGUGGAGGCCACCGCCAUGACGACACAAUGCCGGAGUUCAUAUCUGGCCAACGAAAUUCUCUGGGGUCACCGCUAUGAACCGGUGCUCUUUGAAGAGAAACACUACUACAAAGUGGACUAUUCAAGAUUCCAUAAGACUUAUGAGGUACCUAACACUCCCCUUUGUAGUGCUAGAGACUUAGCAGAGAAGAAAUACAUCCUCUCCAAUGCGAAUUCAUUUUGCUAUGAAAAUGAAGUUGCCCUCACAAGCAAAGAGGAAGAGGACAGUGAAAAUGGAGUCCCAGAGAGCACCAGUACAGACUCACCUCCUGGCAUAGAUCUUCAUAACCAGGCAAGCGUACCUCUAGAACCCAGGCCCUUAAGACGAGAAUCGGAGAUAUGACUGGCGGAUUCCAUCUUUGGAAUAUUUACUUCGCUACACAGUCUGUUGUUGGUCAGAGGUCCGAGACAGUUAUACAGACCAUGGUACUGGUCGAGAGGUGGGUGAAAGUGAGGAGCCACAAGAGACUAAGGCUAGCACAAAGGUUUCAAGAAAAGACUGUAAGCGGGAUGACUGAUGGCAAGCUCUUUGCAGGCCUCCGAGCGACCCGAUGGCACAUAUCCGUUGUAGAAAAGGUUGUGGGGUUUUAAAUGUAUUGUUUUGUGUUUUUACAAAACUUGAAUAUGCAGGCAAGCCUCAGUUUGGGAGUUUAGUUUAUCUGGAAUGCUUCUCUUUAGGGGAACAAGAAUGAUUUUAAUGGCAUAACACAGGCAAGACUCUGCCUUAAUUUUUGAAAAGCUGCUAACUACAUGAACACAAACUGUAUUUUUGUUGCAGUGUAGGUUACCUUUUACAUAAUUUUAAAAAGUCAGUGUUGAACAUUGUUGAAGGCGCACAGUGUGCUUCAAAGUGUCAAGUAUUUGGCUAUUAACUGCCAAAAUGAGAGCCUGAUUUUCUGAGGCCAGUAAUUUUUUUUUGCUAAAAUUGAUCUCUCUGAUCUCUCUCUCUCUCUCUCUCUCUCUCUCUCUCUCUCUCUCUCUCUCUCUCUCUCUCUCUCCCUCUCCCUCUCCCUCUCCCUCUCCCUCUCCCUCUCUCCACUUUUUUGUUAUGUAAGGGCAUUAUGUAACCCUAGCCAAAUGGUAGCCUCUGGGUUUUAUUCUUUUCCUUUCCACUACACUAAUAGGUUAUCUCCAAUUUUCAGUUAGACUACCUAAAAUAAAUACCAAAGAGAAUGCACAUCUUUUUGCACAGUGGAGUUUAUAUUAACAAGGAAACAAAGCCCCAUGGGUUGUCUGGGAAAUCCAGAGACCCUAACUUUGAACCUCAGCAAGAUGUUGAACAGCCUGCCUGUUCAUUCUGCAUCUUAGUCUGAAAGAGAGAAACAAAGUCGAUAAAUGUGUGUUUUCAAUUUUGUUCUUUUGUGCAUCCUUCUUAUUUGAAGGGGAAGGGAAAGGGGACAUGGGUCACACCUAUAUACACACUAUCCCAAUGUCUUUCAUUCCCUGAUAGGUAGCGUUGAUCAGGCUAAUGUAUUCGAAGGAGGGAGAAAGAGAUACUCCACUCAGAACGUUCUGAGCUUUUCUCUUUCUGCACAUUCCAAGGUCUUGCUUGAACUUGGUUGAUAACCUGGCAUCCUACAAACAGAGCCAUCCAGCAUGGAAGAUAGAUUUAAAAUUUUUGCAACUGAAUUAUGGCUUUGACAGUCAGGAAAUUUCUAACUUGGUGUCACAUUAGGAAUGAUAUCUGGCCUCCAGGCUUGUCCUUCUGAGGCAUCUGCAGAAAGACAACAUGGGCUGAAUAUGCCAAAGCAGGGGAUUUCCAUGUGUGUGUGUGUGUGUGUGUGUGUGUGUGUGUGUGUGGGUGCUACUUCAAUGCAAAAAUCUACUUUACAAAGGAGAAGGAAGCUGCCUUUUUUAUGGCAGAAGAGGGUAGGAGAGAAUGUCUCAGUAUUUUUAGGGUCUUAGUGAGCCAUUCAAACACAACACAAUUACAAGCUAAUGAGUUAAGAGUCUAAUGGGUUAUUUCUCUCUGUGUACACACUCAUGACUAUUAUGAGCUGGUCAUUGUCUCUUGUAAAGUCCCGAAGCAGGUUACCAAGGACACAUUAUUUUCUAGAAUCCUCUUCUGCCUUGUCACCUGACUUGAUGAAAACACCUCUCCCCACCCCCACUCUAGCCCAAUAAUGAAAAUCUCCCCCCACCUUUCUUUCUUUCGGUUUUAAAGCCCCCCCUGCUUGUGCAUCCCAGGGUUGCUCAUUUCGCCUUUUAGUUUGGAGUCUGAAAAUCAACUCUCGAAUGGUAUUAUACCCUAAUAUGCCAUUAAAAAUCAGCUUGUUCUUGAAUCAUGUAUUUUAUUUCAGUCAAUGUUUGUGCCGGUCUGUGGCUUGUGAGCAGCCGUAUCUGAACGCAGGGCCUGUAAGAUGAUGACAGUUUCUGCUGUUAUCAACUGUCCUAAGUCCAACGGGUGGGUAACUGUGGGUAUUAUUCUCACGGAAAUCAAGAGGGCAGCGUUGAGAAAGGUUCAUCAUUGUACAUCCGCGUUUAAAGGCAGGGUUAGGAAGUUGCUUGAAUCAGAGUUGGAGGGGUCGGUUGAAGACAAAAGGGACUGGCUUGUGACGGGGCGAGGCCAUGUGGAGGGCUUCAGGUGCUGCUAUUAAGGAGAUUUGCAGAGGAAAAUUAUCAAACCAAAGAGUAUUCAGUGGAAUGUAAAUCAAAUGAAGAUGCAGUGGAGAAGGGGGGUGACCACCUGGAGGUCCCUCCAGACACACAGUACUACCACUUAAAAAGACUUGAGUUAUUUGAA